AACAAAAGACCACUCAGACGACUUACUUUUAAGUCGUCUGAGUGGUCUUUUUGUUGGAAGACUUUCAGACGACUUAACUUUAAGUCGUCUGUGAACAAAAUACUUCUCAGACGACUUAACUUUAAGUAGUCUGAGAACAAAAUACUUCUCAGACGACUUAACUAAGUUUAUAUCUUUUAUUUAUUGCAGACUAUCGUGAAGAACUUCGUUCAGAAGGAUUUUGAUGAAAUGUUUUCAAAAUGGGACGGAGACGUAGAUGACCCUGCCGCGGAUAACAUAAUUAAAGUCAUGUUUAAUGAUCCUGGAUGGGAGUGGACCAUGGAAUGCUGGCCAGUCACCGGUACUCGCAAGGUUGUGAAGAUGGAAGUGAGUCCAGUGAAGAAUGAAGUGAGUCUUGUGAAGUCAGAGAGUGUUGUGAAGGAAGAAAGUAGCAGACCUCGGAAGAAAGCUCGUAAAGGUUCUUCUGUUUCUGCUGAGACACCUAUUGAAAAGUCCUUGAAGGACAUAUCUGAUGCCAUUAAUCUUGGCUUUGGGACGUGCCUUAAGGAGCUCAAGUUACUGGCGGAUAGGAUGGUAGCUGUGGAGAAGAAGGUGGGAACCACCAACAGAGGGGGUUCAUCUGAUGAUCGUCAACUUACAACCACUUCAAAUCCACCAAAACCUGUUGACGAACCCGGGGUUAGUACCAAAACCUCUCCCAAAAUUGCAGAGAAGAGAGUCACUAGGCAAAGUGUUAGGAAGAGUCAGGACUGAUGUGAUUUGUUUCUUGUGUGCUUUGAUGAACAUGUGUGCUUUGUUUCUAGUGUGCUUUGAUGAACCACUGUAUGCCUUGAUUCUGAACAUGUGUGCUUUGUUUCUUGUGUGAAUUUGAUCUUUGCUGUAAGGGCUUUUGUUAAUAGUUUUUAAACACACUGUGAACUC